AUGGGAGGGGUGACAUCCUCCAUGGCUGCCAAAUUCGCCUUCUUCCCUCCCAGCCCGCCUUCCUACAAGCUAAUCACCGACGAUGCCACCGGCCUUCUCCUCGUCGACCACUUCCCCCACCGCGAGAACGUCGACGUCCUCCGCCUCCCUACCCGCCGCGGGAACGAGAUCGUCGCCGUCUAUGUUAGGUACCCUAUGGCCACUUCCACUCUGCUCUACUCCCAUGGGAAUGCAGCUGAUAUCGGCCAGAUGUACGAGCUCUUCAUUGAGUUGAGCAUCCACUUGCGCGUUAAUCUCAUGGGGUAUGACUACUCUGGCUAUGGACAGUCAACGGGAAAGCCUAGUGAGCAUAGUACCUAUGCUGAUAUUGAAGCUGCUUACAAGUGUCUUGAAGAAAACUAUGGAGCCAGGCAGGAAAACAUCAUUCUUUAUGGUCAAUCUGUUGGGAGUGGCCCUACCCUUGAUCUUGCUGCACGUCUACCUCGACUGAGAGCUGUUGUCCUGCACAGUCCUAUACUGUCAGGUUUAAGGGUCAUGUAUCCUGUGAAACGGUCCUAUUGGUUUGAUAUCUAUAAGAAUAUUGACAAAAUCCCGCUGGUGAAGUGCCCUGUGCUAGUAAUUCAUGGAACUUCAGAUGAAGUGGUUGAUUUUUCUCAUGGGAAGCAGCUUUGGGAACUCUGCAAGGAGAAAUACGAACCGUUAUGGCUGAAGGGAGGAAAUCACUGUGACCUGGAGUUGUUUCCAGAAUACCUCAGACACCUAAAGAAGUUCAUCAUAUCAGUUGAGAAAUCACCUUCCCGAAGAAGCAGUGCCAGGAAGAGCGUCGAUGGGAUGGAACAAGCCAGGAAGAGUACAGAUCGCUACGACGUGUCUAGGAAGAGUACAGAUAGGAGGGAGAAACCCAGAAAAAGCACAGACCGGCCCGAGAAAUUGAAAUUCCAUGAGUACAAGUUUACCAAGAUUGAGAAGUUGGACAGCAAGUUUAAGCUCCCGUUUGAACAGUUGGAAAGAUCAAGGAGAAGCGUGGAGUACUAUGAAAAACCGAGAAUGAGCAUUGAUCAUCAGCUGGAGAAGGGAAGGAAAAGCGUCGAUUGGUUGGAUAGAAUCAGAGUUGGAUAA